AUGGGCUCGGAUGAUAAGGUGCUAGUGGAGGAGGUGGAAUCCAUGAAGAAGGUUGCCUUCUUCGGCGUGGCCGUGUCGACUGUGGCCACGAUCGCUGCCAUCAUUGCCGUGCCGAUGCUCUACAACUACAUGCAUCAUGUGCAGUCGUCGCUCGAGGUCGAGGCUGACUUCUGCCAGCUGAGAACCGGAAAACUCUACGAGGAAUUCAAUCGUGUACGUUGA